CACGCAUAUAUACCGCAAUCUCAAACGUCUACGGUGUGCUGAUCUGCCAUCUUGCUCUUGAAGAAUCCAAACUCGCCACAUCUACUUUUGAUCGCCAUUCACCUACAAGUUAGCGACAUUGGUCAACAUUUCUUCUUUGCUCGACACUUGGCAAAUAGUGGGACAAUCUACCGCGGGCAACGUAGCUACGCACGCUUUCCCUUGGCCGCCACCUGUUGCCGUCCAUCUGAAAGCAGGCCACAACGUCCAGUCAAGCUUGCAAAUCCACGUCAUGCCGGUUGCUACUCUUAUACCGUUGCGCAUCGCGGUCACAUCAGACAACAUCUGUCCAUUUUGCUUCAUUGGCCUCCGCAAGCUCCAGAAAGCUCUGGCUACUUCGCCUUACACUAGCGGUCCAGAGGCAGUCUUUGAGCCAUCUAUCCAUUUCCUGCCUUAUCAAUUGGACCCAACUUUGCCUUCGGAUCAUGCGCUCGACAAGAGGGAGAGAUACUUUAACAAGUUCGGUCCUAGGUUUGCUCAGAUGGAGCAGAUGAUGCAGCAGAGGGGAAGGGAGGAAGGCAUCGACUUCGACUACAACGGUCCUCUUCGCUCCACUUUCGACUCUCAUCGUCUCAUGGCGUACGCCUACGACAAGGGUGGCUGGGAGCAGCAGUACAAGUUCAUCGAGGUGCUCUUCACGCACUACUUUGAAAAGCAAGGAGAUCCCGGCUGCCGAGUGCAGCUGUCCGACUUGGCGGUCAAGUCCGAACUCUUUGCGUCCGAAACGUCUGCAAAGGAGUGGCUGGCUUCCUCAGCCUUGGCCGACGAGGUCAAGCUGGGUUUCGAAAGGGCUCGAUCCAAAGGUAUUACUGGUGUGCCCCACUUCGAAUUGGCGGCGGGUGAACAGGAUCAUCUUAAGGCGACCGCUGAAGUUCCAGGCGCUCAGGAAGCUCAAUGCUUCAGGGCAGUCAUUGAGAGGAUGGCAGAGAAAGCUGGAGCUGUCUCAAAGUGCCCUGGCGAUGGUUGCAGGACCGUUUCUGGCGCAGAGGCAAGGCGCUGCCUCUAAAUCUUACGCCGGCCAGCGCUUGCCCUGCUCUUUACGAACGACGCGUGAUUCACUUUGGCCUUCCUUCUGCUCUCUUCAAGAUACCACCUUUGAUCGAUCCUGUAACGCUCAUUUUCGUGAUUGGGUGAAGCGGCGCAAUCGAGCAGAUUUCGCUCCUCCUCUCUGGCACACGCUUUAUCCAAUGUAAUACAUACCUGUUCAAAUCACCUAUCGUUUCACAUUCCCACAAAGCACUCGCACCUUUGGC